UUGAUCUGAGAGGAACUGUUGCAGGUGUUGAUCUGAGAGGAACUGUUGCAGGUGUUGAUCUGAGAGGAACUGUUGCAGGUGUUGACCUGAGAGGAACUGUUGCAGGUGUUGACCUGAGAGGAACUGUUGCAGGUAAUGACGGAGGCUGUGUUGCCCUGAGAGGAAUCGCACGUGAAGGCACUGUUGACAGAGGCUCACCAUGCACUAACGGCCAACGAUACCUUCGUAAUGGCAUUGUGAAGGUGUUCAAACAAGCUCGUACUUACGUGCUGUUCGAGUAAACGUAUUUUUUUUAAUGGAUAAUUACAGGUUUAGGUGAACUAGCGUAAGUGCACACACACAUGUGGCUAAUUCACGUGUGCCUGUCCAGUCACUAUGUUAGCGUAGGCGGCCCACGGUUAGUUUCGAUUAUUACUCGAUUAGUCUUAUUGUAAUAUCUCCUGUUUUUCACUUAGCAAUAAAUAGGUAUCAUUGAGUUAGGCAUCAAUUAGGGGGUUGUAUUCUCCGGGAUAUACAAAUAGUUUUUUUUUUGGGGGGGGGUACAAAUACGAAUAUUGUUGCUACAUUAAUAACAUUAUAUUUGUGCCGUAUGAUCUCUUUUAUAACGUACGUUUUUUGUGUUACAUUCGAUUUCUGCUCAGUUACCGUACGUUUUUCUGUGCAAUUAUUGUACGUUUUCUGUAGUUACCGUACAUUUUCUGUACAGUUACCGUACAUUUUUUUGUAGAGUUACCGUACAUUUCCUGUACAGUUACCGUACGUUACUGCUGACAGUUGCGGGUAACAGAGGAAGCAAGAUGGCGACGAUGUCUGACACCAUUGUUCCUGGUGGGGGCUUAGCACUGGUCCCUACAGGCGGCGUGUGGCAGCUUCUCCAAGAACCUCCAUCACCCGAAGGCGCCGCUCUCGUUCGGAACGAUGAUGCCUCCAUCUCCCUGGCUGACGGGUGGGUAACGAAUGUUGUAUUGGCUGCGGUGUGCGGCGUGGCGCUGUGGCUGGCAGUGGUGACCUACCUGGGGCGACCUCAAGGCCUCGCCACCACACACAGCAGGAACUCCAUGUUGGAUAUACUGCUUGACACUGUACGUCGGGGCGAGGCACAACAAGACAAACAGCUGCACCAUCCUCCUACAACAGCCCAGGGUCGACCACAACAGCUGCACAUUCCUCAUGCAGCAGCCCAGGGUCGACCACAACAGCUGCACAUUCCUCAUGCAGCAGCCCAGGGUCGACCACAACAGCUGCACAUUCCUCCUGCAGCAGCCCAGGGUCGACCACAACAGCUGAGACGACCGUUCCAGCACCAGAUACAGAGACAUCCACAACAAAAUUCACAGCUCCUUCCGGAACAACAUAUUUUUCAGUACCAGCAGUAUAAAUACAGCCGUCCCCAACAUCACCAAUAUCAGCAGGAUCACAGGGGUCCCCAACACCACCAACAGCAGCAGGACCACAGGGGUCCCCAACACCACCAACAGCAGCAGGAUCACAGGGGUCCUCAACACCACCAACAGCAGCAGGACCACAGGGGUCCCCAACACCACCAACAGCAGCAGGACCAAAGGGGUCCCCAACACCAACAAGGAAUCCCUCAUAUAGAAUACAGCCAUGUACCACUGGAUCACCGACCACAGCACGAGUAUGAUGGCCUAGCACAUGACCUCAGCGCCAUUAAAACUCUAGGGGAGGUCUCGGGUGCCCAAAUCCAUGAUCCAGGAAGAGGAAGGGUUGAGGAGGGUGAGGAAGCUAUCUACAAGUCUCGUCCCUCUUUUCCCAAACCCAACAACGUCAGUAGCAGCUACAAUACUUUCCAGACUAAACCGUUUUCUCGGCCUGGAAACUUUGUAAACACCAACGAGAAAGGACAAGGGACAGAUAAUGUAAUUUACGACUUUGAACGUCCACAUCGACUCAAGACGCUCCAGAAUAGACCCAAGAGGCCAAACGAAGAUGUUAUAAAUAACUUUGAACGGCCAUCCAACACCACAAGAACGCCAGGGCGACGACGGCGACCUAUAACUCAACCAAGAAACAACGUUACAUCUCACGUCGAUUUUCCUGCGGGUUACUCGCAUGUUCCCGACGCACGAACUUCCGCCAGUAACCAGAGUGAUGGCAUCAUCUCUCAUAAAAUACAUCCUUCUGAAGUCCACCGAUGGCCGACCACCAGGCUGCGCCCCGACAUUUCCCCCCGAAAUGAUAGCACAUAUUAUUUCGCAUCUCCUCUGGACCUGCUGAACCCCAAGCCAAAUACAUGGAUGGCUAGCGGCACCAACCAGACGCCAUCUGAACGCCACUCAACCAUUUGGAAUCAAAACAAAGGAACGACAAAUGCUCAGAUAACACCGAGCGAUGGCGACUUGUAUCGGACAACUCUCCCGCCUGCCACAGCAGCACCGACAUUAGUAGCGCUGGGCGCUGGUAGAGCGCCCAGCAGGAUAAAAAAAUGGUCCAGCUACACACCACCAGGGCUCCCCGCCAUCAUGCACAGCCAAGACCUUGCUGACCUCCGGUUGGAGAAGGGUGUGCCAUUGAAAUAGAUACCAGAUGGCACAGGGAAUUAUAGAAAGAGAGCCGAGGACGCAGGAGUUAAACAAAGUUCAAAUACUGCAGGAUUUUUUGGCAGUGAAGCAUAGCAAGAAGAAAAGGUCUUAUAUUAAAAAACCGUUGUCAGUUAUGAUUAAAUUUAAAUUUAAUAAUAACAUUGCCCAACAAUUGCUUUCAUCUUAACUUUUACUUAUUAUUUAUUUCUGUAUUUUUUCAACGCUAACUUUCUGUUACCAUUCUAUUUCUAAUACAUAAAAGCCUGACAGAGGCAAUAGGAUCAUUCGUACCAGUCUAAGUUGGAUUUACAGAUAGAGCUAGUACAGUACAUACAAUACCUAAAGCCACUAAUACGCAUAGCGUUUCCGGCAAGGUGUGGGGGAAAAAAACACUUAGACUAAAACUUAUUAGUAAUUG